AACAUACACGAGCUACGCAAUCAGGACUAUGUGAGCCGCCUAAUGGCUGCCACGCCUCCUUAUUUAUACUCAGCGCCUGUAGGGCCGAAUAAUUUUUUCUUCAGCGAUAUGCUGCGCUCGCUGGUGCAGGCGCGCAACAAUGAAACUGCGCGCGUGUUGCAGCUGCAACAGCAACAACAACAACAACAGCAGCAGCAGCAACAGCAGCAGCAACAACAGCAAGCGGCGCUGGUAAGAAGAUCGCGAAAACGCAGCUGGUCACAUCGCCCCUACUAUGAGCAACUGCGUGAGCGACGCGAAACGGAGGAAAAGCAACAACAGCAGCAGCAACAGCAGCAACAGUUGGUGGUGCAGCAGCAGCAGCAACCACUGAGCGUUGCCAGCGAAAAACCUUUGGAAUUGACUAACAAAAUUAUUGCCACGCCCACUAGCACGCCUACGCCCAGCGGGCAAGCAACGCCCACGCAACAUUUUGCUGCCUACAAUGCGAAGCUCGAAACAAAGCCGCUUAGCAAACUAACGCCGCUAGGUGGCGCUGUUGAGGACAGCACACCGCCAGCCGCAUCGCUGCCGCCGCAGGAUCUGGUGCUGCCACCACCGCCACCCGUUUGGUAUCCACCGCUCUAUGCGCCCUACGGCAUCGAUCCGCUGCACUUCUUCAUCGAUCUGCGCGUCUCCGGGCACAUUUACGAUCGCAAAAAGGAGAAUCUAUCGCCGCUGGAGGAGCCCAACAGCGCAGUCGCUGCCGCCGGCCCCAGCGCAGUCGCUGCCAACGCCAGCGUCAGCAAUUUGCUAAACAAAACGCGUCACGGCUCCGCAUUCACUGUGCCCAUACCCAAGUCCGCUCAAAGCGAUGCCAUGAAUUUGUCCAAUGCCGCCGGCGUCGCUGCCACGCCCACAAGCGCCUGCUCAGCUGCUGCUGCUGCCGCCGCCUUGGGCAAGUUCGAACACUACGCCAAGUACUACGAUCUGGGCGAGAGCAAGGAGAAUCAGCCGGCGGCAAGCACCGCUGCUGCUGCCGCUGCCGCCGCCGCUGCAGCUGCUGCAAAUCUCUCCAAGAGCAGCGCCAGCUACAUGCUGCAGCAUCUGCCACGCCUCUACAGUCAGUUUGCCGCACAGCAAGAGGCAGCCGCUGCCGCCGCCGCCGCCGCUGCCGUCGUCAGCGUUGCCGAUCUGGAUGCCAAGUCGGAGUCCGCCUCGGCCUGCGGCGCUGAGCUCUGCGACGAGGAUUCGCUGGAGCGCGACAGCAGCCAGACGCUGCUCGAGCAGCAGCACGAGCGCGACAUCGAUGUGGAAAUCAUCGACUCCAUCAAGUAUCGCACCGAUGGCGAGAGCAGUCGCUGCUCCAGCAACGACGAAGCCUCCGUCACCCAAAUCGAUUGAUUCGUUUCAAUUUCAGUUUGAGCGCAUUCAAUUAAUAAA